CAUUCGCUGCUAUAUAGCGCAUAGCUGGUCAUGGCCAAGAGGGACAGAGCGGCGUGGGAGGUGGAGGCGGGCGUCGCGGACACGGCCCGCCUGCUCGUGCUCCUCGCGCAAGCGCAGCAGCAGCAGCGGCGGCGCCUCCUGCAGCUCGGGCACGGGGCGGCGCCGUUCCCAACGGGGAUGGUGGCGGCGGGGCGCGGCGGGCACGGGCGCGUGUUCGAGUGCAAGACGUGCAGCCGGCAGUUCCCCACGUUCCAGGCGCUCGGGGGCCACCGUGCCAGCCACAAGCGGCCCAGGCUGCUCCACCAGCCGCCGCCGCCGCCGCCGCCGCAGGAUCGACCGGCCGACCACGCGGAGCUCUGCCUCGGGCGCCAGCCGCUGCUGCCGCCGGCGCCACAGCGGCCCGCGGCCAAGCCGAGGGUGCACGAGUGCCCCGUCUGCGGGCUCGAGUUCGCCAUCGGCCAGGCGCUCGGCGGCCACAUGCGCCGGCACCGCGCCGAGGCCGAGGCCGACACCGAGGCGCACAGCAAGGCGCGGCCGCCGGCGCUGGAGAAGGCCUGCGACGUCGCCGGUGGCAUCUGCCUGGACCUCAACCUCACGCCGUCGGAGAACUGCGCCAAGUGCCGGAGCGUGGUGGUGCUGGGCGCCGCCGGCCAGCAGGGUGUACAUAAGGCGCUCGCCAUGUUAGAUUGAUCGCUCUAGUUGAGCCUUUGAUUUACCUUAGCCAGGCUGCACAUAGUUUUUCUUUCAUGGUCGUUGUUGACUGUUGAGUUCAUCUUGGUAUACUGUUCCUUUGUUACUUUCUGGGUGUACCCAAAUUCUUUCCAAAAGAGCCAUGUUAGAUUUUCCCCUAGUUUCCUGUAAAAUUCUCGGUUCCUCCCACGUACAUGUUAGGUAUAUUUAUAGACCAGGGUAGUUUGAAGGAAAUAGAGAUGAACUCUUCUUCCUUGGUGUAAACAGUAAUAAAUCAUGCUAUGCAUUUCAUUUGACCAAGCAGUGACAAUUUUACCGAAGUA